UUUGGAAAUAAAAGCCACUCUGGACUCUGAUUGUGUUUUUGUGUAUCUGAAAUAUGGAAAUAAGACGAUUAAAGCGAGACCUUGAAGCCUUGAUUGGUGAAUACAUUGGACAAAAACUCAAGGAAAAUGGCUUUGAUCCUAAGGGCAGAGGUACAUCAAUGUUGGAUGAUCUGGCUCAUUAUGAUUUAGCUGUUGGUGUCGCUUUAUGGUGGCUGGAAAAAGAAGAUGUAAAAAGGCCAGUUGAGAAUGAACUUUUAGGAGUCAUCAGUCCUGGACUUAGUCAGUAUCCUAAUCGACAGGAAAGAGAAGCUAUGAUCCUUUCUUCCUUUGCAGGGAUGCUUUUGAAUAGUUUACCUGUAGAAGAUAUUCUGUCUCUGUAUAGCUGCAAACCAUCUGCUUCACGCCCUCAUCAAGACACCAAAAGCAACAUUAUUCACCCAUUCUCCUUAUCCUAUCACCCAUUUGCCAUGCUCAGUUCAUAUAAGGCUGUGGAUCAUUCACGAAAGCACACACAAACACUGAAACGCUGGAACACUGAGCGUAAUAAAGGAGCAUUUGCACAACUGGAGAAGAAGAAGGAACCCUCUGUCACCCCUUCCUCUUCAUCAUCCUCUUACAGUGACAGUGAAGAUUCCCUGAAAGAACAAUCAAAACACUAUGAAGGUUCUCAGGAAUCUCUGCAGGACUGAAGGCUGUGCAACCAGCAACCAACAACUGACCUCAUGCCAUUCUGUUAUUACUACCUUUUAAAGCUCAAGUCAGACUCUGUGUACUUCAGACAGCUCAUUUACAAUUUUAGAUUUCUUAUUAGAACGCUUGUAGAUUAUUGUCUACAUCUAAUAUUUAGUAAUUGUAAAUGCUUUGCCUCUGAUUCUGUACU